AUGUCCAGUGAGAGCGAGCACGAGCCCGAAGCGAGCCGGGAGCCUGAGCGAACUGCUGAUCCGCAGAAGAAAGAACGCAGCUCUCACCAUCGCCGGAGGGAGCAUCGGGAAGAUUCCGAGGAAGUGCGGACCCAGCGGCACUCAGGAGCACGGGAGAGAACGAAGAGCCGGGACGAAGACAGAGACAAGGAGGCGGAAGCCGGGUCUCGUCAUCAUCGCCGCCGGCGGCAUUCUCGGUCCAGAGGACAUUCCGAUCCCGAAACGCCGACUGCAUCCAAUCCACGACCCCACGAAGAUGAGCAACAACCUCCUUCUCAGUCUCUCGCCAGGCCAGCCGAACCGGCCCCAAUCAGCACGCUAGGGGAGAAGCAAGAGGCCGCGUAUGGGCCGGAGUUUCUGCGGGCUAUCGCAGCGAAAGGUGACGAAGUUGGCAACUUCCAGGUUUUGACUGGUCGGGAUGCACUGCAAUUUACACAACAGUUCAUCGAAGAGCGAGCAAGGGCGGGGUCACCUGACCAGGACGACAUCAAAGAGGCUCCAGGACAUGAAGAACCCAGUCGACUGGCACAUGCGCAUUCCCUGCUCGACUCGUCCAACCCCAAGACCAAGACAAACAGGGUUCCUCCGGUGGUGUUUGCCAUUCCACGUGUCGUCGAAGGCGCGGGCCGCAUGGCAAUGGAUCUGUACAUGAGCUGGAAUAAGAGCAAGACGACGCCACGCGCCGUCAUGCGCAAGAAGCGGGACCGCAAUCAGGAGUUUCUGGACAACGAGUUCCGCAAUGUCAAGGGUGCGCUGGACAAGGCCUUCGAGGCCGAGGGAGACGAAAACGUCCCCGCGAUGCCGCCGAUGAUUACCAAAUUGGCCAAAGAGGAAGAGGAGAAACAUCUGAAAGCCCCGGUGAUGGCCAGUCGAACGCAGUCUGACCCGUUGCCACUCCCGUCUUCGUUUCCGCUCAACCUUGACCCGCCGCGGCCGUCGUUGGGACCUCACCGUGGGAGCGUGGACAGUCUUGCCAGUGUGCAGAGCAUGCCGUUUUUGGGUGCGGUGCGGAAUGUGCCCAAUGGGAAUCGACUUCCGCUGCGGGUCACGAAUAUGGGCCCAGGGGAUCGGUUUUCCAUGUCAUCCAGCACCACCUCUUUGCUUGAAGUGCCAGGCAUCACGGCGCCCGGCCCGUCGCAGUUAAGGGAGACGUUGUUCAAGGCUCCGCCGUCGCCUAUCGCUGAGGAAGUUCUAGAACAGGCUACCACCGUCCCGAGACGUGCACCCUCAGUAGCCAGCCGAUCGAGCCACGGGAGCAGCAAGUCGAGAGAGAAGAUUACGAUCGUGCUGCUAGAUAAAGCUGACCGUGAGCUACUCGAGGCAAAGCCAAUAUCUAAAGAGGUUGAAAGCAGCUGGCAUGGCCUCGAACGCCGGCUUUCAUCGCGACCCAAACCCAAACCCAAGCCCAGGCGCUACAGUGCCAACUCGUCGCCAUGGGCAGGGCCCGUCGCUCAUCGAGACGAGAACAUCCGCUAUGUGCAUACGCCGCCGCCGGAGAACGCCGAUGACUACGUCUUCGAUGACAGCGACGAUGGAGAUGGAAGUGUGGAUGGGACCGCGUUGGCUCCUGUCAUGCAAGCCUUGGGGUCGAUGGGCUAUUUGUCGCCAGAGGCCAGUUACAUCAGGCAGACCACACCUGGGUCGUACCCGAACCUGCGCACGCCGUACGGCAGUCCGUACUCUGCGACAGCCGCGACAGCCACCGUGCCGUAUUCAUCGCCAUACGUACCAGGGGUGAAUCUGACUGUCGACACGAGCACAUACACGCCCUCGCCGUACUCGGCAGCAGCCUUCCCCUUGCCUCCCAGCCGGCCGAUCACACCAACCUCCUCGCCGUACUACGCGUAUCAGGGGCUGGGCAAGAUCACUCCGCCUCAGCAGACGUUUAGUCCUUGGAGUGCCCCGGCGCAGUACCCGCCGACGAACUACAGUCCCGGAUAUCACUCUUCGCCGAUCCCCAGCAUUUAUGCGCCGUCGCCUGCCAGCGUGCACAGCAAUGCGAAUCUCGCUGCCGUGUACGCGAGCCCGUAUGUUUCGCCUGUUGGGGUGCGGCGCGCCGGCUCGUUGACGGGUUUCGCGUACGGCGCCUAGGUAUUACUCUCUAUGCUUUCAUUUUGCUUUCGGUGGUAUUCUACUAGGUCCAGUGUAAUAUAUACGAAUGUAUUCCCAACAGUGUUCUUCCUACAUGCGGUCGAUUAUUCCUCUAUCAUGUCUAUCCUGUUAGAUUAUUACUCCAGUCAUGCCUAUAUGUUUAUGUUGGUAGGAUGCUAGAGACAAAAACGCAACGAAUUUGGCUUGUGUACCGGGCCUUCACACAAUUAACGGCCUGCAACGAGCCACA